GACUUGGUUAGAUUGACUUCUUAGUGACUUUUGCAAAUCAUUUAUGAACUCGAUGUUACGCAACUAAGUUGUGCGCUACUAGGUUGACUUUGAAAAAGACUUCGUAUAAUCAACAAAGUUGACUUCAUUAGACUGACUUCAGCAAUGUCAACAUCAACAAAGGCAUUUACGAACUUGAUCUUGCGCAACUAAAUUGUGCGAAAACCACUUUGCCGUGAAUCAUGAAUGUAACUUAGGGUGACUUCGCAAAUUACUUCGUCAAAAUCAACUUUGUUACAUCGGCUUCAUUAUACUAAUGCUGUCUAUGUUGCAAGUUCACAACUUUGUUACAUAACUAAAAGUUGACUUCAUAAAUAACUGCUAUUGUCAACAAAGCUGUUUGCAUCACUUUUCAACGACAGUUGUAUUGUAGUAAAAACACCUUUUGUAACUAUGGUUAUCAUUGUAACCGGACACGAACUUCGUAACAUCAAUGUUGACUCUGUAACAUGACUUCAUAACCAGUGCAGCAGUGUUGAUUACCGCCAUUUUGUCGCAUUGCGUCGUUCACUCUUGUGUAGACUAUGAACUCGUGACAAUCAAACAUUAGUGAGGAUGAAUAUAAAGUGAUUAACAGUUGUGAAAAAUCAACAGAGUAAACCUUCAGCAUUUAUAACGUAAAUAUUAUUGUAGUCUAUACGACGGCAUCCGUGCACACAAACACCAUCGCUCACUCUCUCGCACACACACACACACACACACACACACACACACUGGUAUCAUGGGCUCGUCUCUCAGUGAGCCCUGCAUCUAUGAUAAGCUGUCGGAGAGCAUCGACAUCCUCCGGCAGUCUGGAUACCGCUACGGGAUGAGCGAGAGAGAGAUUGAGAAGUUCAUCAAGCAGGUGCUGGAGACUAACGAGCCCCGCAGGGACCCGCCGCAGUUCCCCAUCCUGAGAGCCACUGUCAAGCUGGUGCUUGCGCUGGGGGUUCUGUUGAUGGCGGUGCUGGUGUUCACGUAUCCUCACAGUGCGCUGCUGCUGGACUCCUCGAGCGCAGCCGGACACAACAGCUCAUCUCCUCUCAGUCACGCACGGCUGCUGGAGCUGCCCAUCGCCAAUAAAUACAACCUGCACGGGUUUCACGAGUGGUGGGCAUCCGGUGCGCCGCAGACGCCGCAGGUGAACUGCUCGGCCUGCGCAGACGUGACUGCGGUGCUAGAGCUGAGAGCGUCUUCGGGGAUCGACAUACACACACAGCCACUGCUGCUCAAGGGCGGAGAGUCUCUGUCUCGCCGUGUGUCUCAUCUGGAGCAGUUCUCACAGCCGCAGACGCUCACAGCAACACUGGCCAACUUCACCCUGCUCUGGAGUUUCUCGUCCAGUCCCAGAGAGACGCUUCUCCACUGGUUGUUUCCUGACGCUGAGCUCUGCCCUCUGCUGGAGAACACAGGAACAACACUGCAGCGCUGCCAACUGAGCGACAGCACCAGCGCUCAACACACGCGUGUGCAGGUGUUGGGUUGGCUGGUGGUGGCUGAAGGCUCUCCGUGGGGAUCCAGCGAUGCCAAACACACUGCCGCUCCUUCAGUCUGUGGCUGGAGCCGGGAGACAUGGUGUUGGCGGAUCCGCGCUACUGGCUGCUGGAGCUCUUCGCGUCUGGAGCUCAGAGAGUGCUGUGUGACGGCCCUGUGCUCUGAGAACAUCGUUCAGGAAGUGACAUCAGCACUCGGUUUCUCUUUCUUCAGACGGCGGUGUUUCUGCGGAGCUGCUGGGAUCUUCGGCUCCGGCGAUGUUUUCUGAUCCUCGCACCAGACGCUCGCAGACUUCAAAGAAACUAUUUUGUUGAAAGAAAAUCAAACCUAUUUUAAGGAUAUUUUAGUACGUCUUGACAUUGUUUUCAUGAUCAUUAAGCGCAUUUUGUCUACAAAUUACUGGGAUGCAAAAAACUAAAAAUCUCAUUACUGUAAACAAAAAAAAAUUCUCAUUACUGUUACAAUACAAUUAAUUGAUGUUAAUAUAUAAAGUCAACUAAAUUAUUUUUACAUUUUAUGGUAGUAUUUGUUGUACUGACUGAAUUUAAAUAAAUGAGAAUACUAUUUCUGUAAUACAGUGUUGAGAACAAGAUUUUUUUUGGGAAAACAUUUUUGUUAAGGUAAAAAAAAAGUGUAACGGUAAUGAGAAUAAAUAUAACUGAUAUAAUGAAAACG